AUGGAGCAAACCUACGGGGAGGUUAACCAGCUGGGGGGAGUUUUUGUCAAUGGACGUCCUUUGCCCAAUGCAAUACGAUUACGAAUAGUGGAGCUAGCCCAGCUUGGCAUCCGACCCUGUGACAUAAGCAGACAGCUUCGGGUCUCCCAUGGCUGUGUGAGUAAAAUCCUUGCGAGAUACAACGAAACUGGGUCCAUUUUUCCGGGCGCAAUCGGUGGCAGCAAACCACGAGUUACUACACCGAAUGUAGUAAAAAAUAUACGGGAGUACAAACAAGGAGACCCGGGAAUUUUUGCAUGGGAGAUCCGGGACCGUCUUCUCGCGGACGCAGUAUGUGACAAGUACAAUGUUCCUUCGGUCAGCUCUAUCAGCCGGAUAUUAAGGAACAAGAUCGGAAACCUCUCCCCGCCUAACCAAUAUGAAAAUGGCAAGCAAGCACCUCCGCAGUCCAGCCUCUCGUACAACCAUAUAUACCCGUAUUCAUACCCCAAUGCAAUGUCUCCCUCCGGGACCAAAAUGAGCAAUCCUCCCGGUGUCCCUGUCACGGGUGGGCAUGUAAGCAUUUCCCGCGGUUGGCCUUCACCGCACACGGUCAGCAAUAUAUUGGGUUUUCGGGCUUUCAUGGAUCCUUCAGCUAUUUCUAGCGCUGAAGGAUACGUACCAAAAAUGGAGGACUGGGGUAGUGUGAAUAGAGCGACAUUUCCCUCUGCUCAUGGAGUCAAUGGAAUAGACAAAUCAUCUAUUGAUGCAGACAUAAAAUACCCUCAGCCUUCGUCGACUUUGUCUAGCUAUGUCCCCGCAUGCGCGUACUCUCCCUCCAACCAGUAUGGCGUGUACAGUGGUCCAGCAGGCAGUUAUGUGAGCCCAGGGCAUCACUGGCAGGCCCAGGGCACCAGCCACUCCCACCCUGGCGGUGGCGUAGCGAUGCACCCGAGUGACAUCCAUUCUUCUAUGGCGUUCAAACAUGCUGUGCGAGAUGGAGACAGAAAACCACAGAGUCCCCUAAGCAAGCAGCAACACGAAGCCUUGAGCAAUGUACACGGACUCAACCUUUCUACCUCAUCAUCGUAA